AGUCCCCGUCUCGGAGCGCAAGCCCGCUGCGGCCCGGGACUGGCCGGAGCCGGUGCGUGUAGGUGCGGCGCCGCAGACUCUGCACUCCGGAGCCUUUGAGGACAACAUGCCAGUUGUUAGGAUGCUGAGGCAAGCGCUGAGUCAGGCCGUGCAGAGUCCACGCUGUGGCUGCCGGGCCUCCAUGGUGCCUGUCCGGUUUCUGGGCGUUUCCCCUCGGCAAGUGCCCGUGGAUGCCAACUUCCACUCUGCCUCUUUCUCUGAAACAGACCAUCCACGAGUCUUGAUUACAGGAGGUCUUGGCCAGCUGGGAGUUGGGCUUGCCAACCUUUUGAGGAAACGAUUCGGGAAGGACAACGUGAUUUUGUCUGACAUAAGGAAACCCCCUGAUCAUGUCUUCCACAGUGGCCCGUUUAUUUAUUCCGAUAUCUUGGACUACAAGAACCUUCGGGAGAUUGUGGUGAACAACCGCAUCACCUGGGUCUUUCAUUACAGUGCCUUGCUCAGCGCUGUGGGAGAGGCGAAUGUGCCCUUGGCGAGGGCUGUGAAUAUAACUGGAUUGCAUAAUAUUCUGGAUGUUGCAGCAGAACACAAUCUGCGAUUGUUCAUUCCUAGCACGAUCGGGGCUUUCGGGCCCACCUCUCCCCGGAACCCAACCCCUGACCUCUGUAUUCAGAGACCCAGGACCAUCUAUGGGGUGUCCAAGGUCCACGCAGAACUCAUGGGAGAGUAUUAUUAUUACCGGUAUGGGUUAGAUUUCCGGUGCCUGAGAUACCCCGGGAUCAUUUCAGCAGAUUCCCAACCUGGAGGGGGCACAACUGACUACGCUGUGCAGAUUUUCCAUGACGCCACAAAGAGCGGCAAAUUUGAGUGCAACCUGAAAGCGAGCACGAGGCUGCCCAUGAUGUACAUUGAUGACUGCCUCCGGGCCACCCUGGAGGUCAUGGAGGCGCCCGCCGAGCGGCUCUCCAUGAGAACCUACAACGUCAAUGCCAUGAGCUUCACCCCCGAGGAGCUGGCCCAGGAGGUCCUCAAGCACGUGCCGGAAUUCCAGAUCACAUACAACGUGGAUCCUGUGCGACAGGCCAUAGCGGAUAGUUGGCCAAUGAACUUUGAUGAUAGCAACGCCCGGAAGGACUGGGGGUGGAAACACGAUUUUGAUCUUCCGGAGCUGGUGACUACGAUGUUGAACUUCCAUGGUUCCGACACCAGAGUUGCCCAAGCCAACUGAAGGAAUCCGAAGCGAAGGAGCUCCUGUGAAUCCUGGAGGGAACCAUCCGACCCCCAGGCACCUACAUUAUUUGGACUUGAGGGACUAAUUGGAUUCGAUUCUGGCAGCUCAUAUUGAACCACUACAUGGAGAAUGGAGUUAGCUUCAAGCAUUUGCAAAGUGUUAGAGGUUUGGUGUGAGGACUUCUCCAUCAUUGCUCUUUGCCUAAACACACAUAGUAUGGAGAAUGAAGUCGUAAUGGUUUCCAUUCCAUUAAUUAAUAUUAAGAACAUGGAAGUAUGUGAGAUUUCUAUUUAAUUAAAUUCAACUUAAAUAUC